GCGGCGCAGUCAGGGAGUUCUUUAAAGAUGGCCGGAGCGGCGGCGGUGGCUGCCGCGACCCCCGUGUACUGCGUGUGCCGGGAGCCCUACGACGUGAGCCGCUUCAUGAUCGAGUGCGACAUCUGCAAGGACUGGUUCCACGGCAGCUGUGUUGGGGUAGAGGAGCACCAUGCUGUUGACAUUGAUCUAUACCAUUGUCCCAACUGUGCAAUCCUUCACGGACCUUCUUUAAUGAAGAAGAGGAGGAACUGGCACAGACACGACUACACGGAGCUGGAUGAUGGUUCCAAACCGGUCCAGGCUGGAACGCGAACCUUUGUGAAACAGCUGCGGGCCCGCUCUUUCCCAAGUGCUGAUGAAGUCAUUUUGAAAAUGCAUGGCAGCCAGCUGACWCAAAGAUAUUUGGAGAAACAUGGUUUUGAUGUUCCAAUUAUGGUUGCUAAAUUAGAUGGGCUGGGGCUCAGGCUUCCUCCGCCAACUUUCUCCGUUUUAGAUGUGGAACGCUAUGUAGGUGGCGACAAAGUGAUUGAUGUAAUAGAUGUAGCAAGACAAGCAGACAGUAAAAUGAAGCUCCAUAAUUAUAUUAAAUAUUUCACAAAUCCUGACCGACCAAAAGUAUUGAACGUGAUCAGCCUGGAAUUCUCGGACACAAAGAUGUCUGAAUUGGUGGAAGUACCAGAUAUUGCCAGGAAGCUCUCCUGGGUGGAAAACUAUUGGCCAGAUGAUUCUGUCUUCCCUAAGCCUUUUGUUCAGAAGUAUUGUUUGAUGGGUGUCCAGGACAGCUAUACGGAUUUUCAUAUUGAUUUUGGAGGAACAUCAGUUUGGUACCAUGUGCUCUGGGGAGAGAAGAUAUUCUAUUUGAUCAAACCUACUGAUGAAAAUUUGGCUCUGUAUGAGUCUUGGAGUUCAUCUGUGACCCAGAGUGAAGUGUAUUUUGGGGACAAGGUUGACAAAUGUUACAAAUGUGUUGUGAAGCAAGGACACACUUUAUUUGUCCCAACAGGUUGGAUUCAUGCUGUGCUCACAUCUCAGGAUUGUAUGGCUUUUGGAGGAAACUUUUUGCACAACCUCAACAUUGGCAUGCAGCUCAGGUGUUAUGAAAUGGAGAAGAGGCUGAAAACCCCAGAUCUUUUCAAAUUUCCUUUCUUUGAAGCCAUCUGUUGGUUUGUGGCCAAAAAUUUACUGGAAACUUUGAAAGAACUAAAGGAAGAUGGUUUCCAGCCUCCAAGUUACUUAGURCAAGGAGUGAAGGCUUUACUUACUGCUUUAAAAUUAUGGAUGAAAAAAGAACUUGUAACAGAACAUGCCUUUGAAAUUCCAGACAACAUUAGACCUGGGCAUCUCAUAAAAGAGCUUUCAAAAGUCAUUCGUUCUGUAGAGGAGGAAAACAGCAAACCAGUUAAAACUCAGGGAAUUCUUGGUGUAUGUCCAUCCUCACGGUCGACACAUGACGGUACCUCCCCUCACCACCCUCGGCGACGGGUGAGGAAGCUGCGUGACCACGCAACCAAAACUCCUUCCAACCUGGACAUCCUGGAACUCCACACAAGGGAGGUCCUGAAAAGACUGGAGAUGUCGCCGUGGGAGGAGGAUAUAACAAACUCGAAACUGAACGGGAGAUUUAACAAGCCCUUUCAGCCGUCUUCUACGGUACCUGAAUGGCGAACGAAAGACAACGAUCUUCGCCUCCUGCUGUCAAAUGGAAGAAUAAUUAGAGAUGAGAGACGACCAUUUACAGAUCGAAGUCUUUACACAGCAGAUAGUGAAGAUGAAGAUGACAGAACAAGGUCAAAAAAGACGACSGUUAAGAUAGAAGAGCAGACCUCAGGAUUUGAAGGAGAAGGGAAUGCAGAUGCCCCCAAACCACUGAACAUGUUCUUUGAAAGUGUGAAAUCAGAACUCAGGAAUGGAUCCUCAGAAUACUCUGAUAUUUCUGAUUCAGAAGAAUCUGAGCCUGAUUGCACUACACAGAAGGAUUCCUCCACAGAGGAGUCGGAAAGCUCAGGUGAUGAAGAGAAACAGGAAGUAACAUCAAAUUUCAAAGAAGAAUUUAAGGUUACAAGAGACCUUUGUCAAACUACRCAGAAGCCAUCUAGAAAUGAAACUCCCAGUAAAAAGGAAUGUCCUACCUCGACAAGUACAGAAGAAGAAGCUAUUCAGGGCAUGCUUUCUAUGGCAGGAUUGCACUAUACCACAUGUUUACCAGGUCACACACAAAGCACAGACUGCACAGAUAAAAGAUUCUCUCUUCAGGAACACAGAAACUACCCCAGAAGUAAGCAUAAAGACAGACAGCCAUCGCAGAGCCACAAAACAGUAGAAUGUGGUAGGUCUGUGAGGGAAGAGGAAAGAGAUCUGGGGACUUCAGCAUGGGCUAGACAGCUGAGUGAAGCUUCCAGGAUUACCCCUCAGGAUGCAAGUAAAACAUACAAACAUGUGAAGAGAGAGGGUGCCUCAGAAGCCGGUCACAAGGUUCAGGAAAACAGGAAUAUCRCCCACAACAACGGCUUGAGUUUCCAGCACGGCAAGUACACCCGAGACUCCAGCCUAAUUCAAGGAGAAUGCCGGCUGAGUGACARCAGUCUUAGUCCUGACAGGCCCUAUGGGGAAACAUCCUUGUCUGUACCGCUUCAUCCCACCAAGAGGCCAGCAUCAAAUCCACCCCCUAUCAGCAACCAGGCGACAAAAGGCAAACGUCCAAAGAAAGGAAUGGCAACCGCUAAACAGCGCCUUGGGAAGAUCCUGAAGCUGAACCGGAACGGCCACGCACGCUUCUUUGUUUAAUGUAGCUGCUACUUCUACUACUGCUCUCUUUCCUACACAGACCAGUAUUGAGGUCAACAGAGCCUGGAGCUGCUGUUAAUCCUCUGCUUGAAGCAGACUUGCAUGUACCAUAUAAAACACUGCCUGAUGAACAAAAAAAAAAAAAAAAAAAAAUUUACCCAAUGCUGCAUUUUCACUGUGCCACACCUGCUCAGCAAUAACCAUAUGGGAACGGGGAAAUCUUCGGAGAGACGUGGACUGAGAAAGAGUCUCUCAUCAGGGCUUGAAUAUCAUUUGUUGCUGGUAGUGUCUGACCUAAUUCAUAAGGGCAAGAUGAUGAAGGUGGUUUAUCAAUAAUUUAUUUCUGAUAGAUUUUUGACAACUUUUAAAUUCAUUUAAAAAAAAGCUAUUUAUUUGGAAGACUUUUUGUGGGGGGUUAUUAAUUUAGAUUUAAGAAUGUGAAAGUUUUUAAUUGUUUUGAUAAUGUAUGUUUGGUGCAGUGGAGAGCCACAUUAAUGGUGAUUAGUCUGGACUCCUAAAUUUGAUAUUCAGGUUAUAGUCUUAACUAGGGGUGAGAUGCAUUAUUAAUUAUUUUUAAAUUAAGGCAUAUGGAAUCUUAUUUUUUCCUGCUCUUUAUAAGCUAUUGGCUAGGCUUUUGUUGACUUGUAAGGUGCAUAUUCUCUGCCAGCUUGAUUAUUUUUGACCUCUUCUCUUUUAUACAGAUUUAUUUAUUUGAUGGACUAGAUGAGACUCUCCUAAAGACAGCAGAACCUUCUUAUGGCAGUCCAGUAGCUAACUUCUUUUAAACUGCACCCCUUUCCUUCAAAUUGGAGUUUAUGCUUUUACUCCUGGUGUGACGUUUGAUCUAGCUGUGAUGGUUUUCUCCUGUAAAAAAGGCUUCCUGAAUUGUAUUUAUGCAGAUUAUUUAAAUGUUGGUACAAAGGAGGGAAUCUUCAUAUGUGGAGGGAAUGGGGAGAUGAGUUAAGAUGCAUAUUUCUUCAGAAUAAUUAUUCUGAAAUAACAUCUUAAGAUAGACAUUAUAGUCUUAAGAUUGGACGUAUUGUUUAAUGUAGCAUGGAAGGAGCAUUAAAAUGUUACUGAUGUACUUUAAAUCCAUUUUAGCGAGGAGUCAGGAAGGCAGGAGAAUGCGUGUUGUCUUCAAAGGUGGACGAGACCUGACAGCCAGUUAAAAGUCUUAAAUGGUGCAUAUAUGAGCAUUAAGUAGCUUACUGGUAUCAGAAUGAUCAUUUCUGUCAAGCUUCACACAGAGCUGAUAGCAAAUGCCAAUUCUGAAUUAUUGUAAAUAAUUGAUUUUAAAAAUGUAUUUUUCUGUAAUAUAAAAUUAAAUAUUUAAAUUUGGGGGAACGGGAAUGAAGUUGGAAAGAGGAAUACUUUUACUUGAUUCUGGAAAAAAUGGGCAUUUUGCAGGGUCCAGCCAAAAUGAAAACAUUUAAUAUGCUAGUGAUAAGUUUUGAUUUUUUUUAAUUAUUAUUAUUAUUAAUUUUUAAAUGCUUGUGAGAGUAAAAAUACUCAGGCUUAGCUAUCGUUUCAUUGAAUUGUAUUGAAUUUACAUAGCGGUCUUUCCUUCCUCCAUAUUCUAUMCUGGUGGUGUCCCUUUUUGUUUAAAAACAAUUUCAGUUUGGCAUUCCACAAUAUUUAUGCAGAGUUAUAUUUAACUAGACUAGAUAAUGAAUGCCUUUAGAAAUGGAAGAAGUUCUAAUGUCAGGUGUUUUUCAUUAUUGCAGGGACAAAACUCUUUAGCACUAUGCUUUUUUGUUUCUAAAUUGAGAAAUAUCAAAAUACAAGGUAAYUGCAAAUAAAUCGGGUAACUUUUAUGGCUUGUGUUUCUGCAGAGCUUGAAAAUGGUAUCUUAGGAAUAUUCUUUGUAGCCCUGCUUUUACACUGUGUUGACUUGACUUUACAGGUGUGUGUGGGGGGUUUUCUUUCUUUUUUUUUUUCUUUUUCUUUUUCUGUUUUCUGUUUUCUAAUUAUGAUUUCACAGAACUAGGGCCUYCCCCUUCCCUGAUUAGCAGUGGAGGUGAGAUUACUAAAUAGCAGAAGAUCAACUGAAAGCUUAAGUUGCUGAAAGUGAACAUAACUACUUGUUUUUUCUCAGGUGUUAGAUUUUUUUCAGUUGAAAGUAGGUGAGAGAAAUACUUAGACUGUCUUCUCAUAUAUGUCAAUUUAAUGUAAAAUGCCCUUAUAAAUGUUUUCUUUGUUUAAGCCUGAGCAAGUCCAUUUGUGCCUGCCAAGCUUUAAAAACUCUUUUAGCUUUAGCAUAUAGAACCAAACUACUUUCUUGUUGACUGAUUUUUAAAUGCAGAAAAUUCCUGGUAGAGGCAGCAAGCAAAAUCACAGGAAGAUGUAGAACGAACUCUCCUUAAAGGCAGAUUUUCGAUGACACUAAUCUGAAGUAGGAGUAUAUGCCAGAAUAGAAUUUGGAGUAAGGAAUUUUGAAAUAUGAAUUAUGCCAUCUUGCUGUCUACGUGCCAUAUAAGAGGUCUUUUUUUCUGAUGAUCUUCGUUAUUUAUCUGUAUCUUACUGUUGGAACACAGACUUGGCUGGACCCAUGUAUAUUAUUUUGUCUUGUUUUCAUUCUUUCUCUAUUCUUCUUUCUCCCUUUGAUAUCAAAGUGGCUCUCCACUGUUGUGAGUUUACAUAAUAGUCUCUUCA